AUGAGCAGUUCAAAGAGUUUUUACAAGCAUUUCAAUAGAAAUACUCGUUUUUUUUCAACAACACCUACAAAAUUAACUUUUAGUAAUAAUGAUUUUUCUAAUUUACCCCCUUCAUAUCAACUUACUAGUUUAGAUGACGAUUUGUCCAAUUAUCCUUCGCUUGUCGUUGAUAAAGAUUUUGAUUUGGAAGAUGAGGUUAGCGAUAAUGGUGUGGUGGUUAAUCAAGAAGAAAAGGAAAAUUAUUCACCUUCCUCAAUAUUCGGCGAAGAUUUAAUUUCUUCUACAAGCAAAAAAUUAAAAAGACGUCAUGAUAAUAUUAAUGACGGUCAUGAUGGAACUAAAUCAACUUUUAAUUUUCUACAAGUGUCCAAUGUUUUGGAUUAUUAUCCUAUAUCCAAAGCACACCCUAAUGCAGCUUUUGAAAUACUUGAAUACGAGGCGGAUGAAAUGGCUGAUAUCAUGAAAAAAUAUGAGCCAACUAAUUAUAAAUCUAAAAUCCAAUCUAAAAAUACAUGGUGGAAUCCAGAAGGACGAUCUAACUUUGUUUUUGUUCGAAAAGUGUUUAACAUGGAUGACAGAGUUCAAUAUAACAACACGAUAUAUGACGAUGAUUCAAGUGAUGAUAAUCUUACAUUGACACCAGAUUCGGUACCUGAUGAUGAAAACAACACCUUUAGAAAUGUUGCUUGGCCAUUCCCAUCUACCACUACUACCACAACAACUCCUUCUACAAAUCAUUUCAAUGAUAAUAUAUUCACUAUUGAACAACAAAAGACAAUAAAAAUUCCUUUUACAAUAUGGGAAGAUCCUGAAGAAGAUAAUGAAUAA